AACAUGCGCUCGCUGUUCUUUCUUUUUACCGAAGGUUUUAUCAGAAAGGAGAAGGUGAAGAGCGCUAAAAAUGUCGGAAUACAGUGAAGUUCCUCCCCCAGUCGCCAAUGCUGAGCAAGAUGCAAAGUAUCAAGACGCUUUAGCGCGUGCUAGACAGAUUGCUGCAAAGCUUCAAAACAGUGCACCAGGUGCAACCCCUAUUACACCAGAACCACAAGAAACUAGAAAAAGAACAGUAGAAGAAGCAGGACUUGAAAAUGGUGCCACUGCUGCAAAAAGGUCUCCCAUACCACCAGUUUCAGGGGAUGCCAAGCAGGUUGCGAUGCAGGUUGCUGCAAACAUAACUCAAAGGGCAGGACUUGGGUCAAUGGUUGUUGAAGAUAUAAAAAUCCCAAAUAAAUUUGUUGGACUAAUUAUUGGGCGUGGUGGAGAAAUGAUAAAUAAGCUACAGUCUGAAACGAGUGCCCGAAUUCAAGUUGCACCAGAUCCAAUACCUGGUCAAAGUGCUUCAGUACAGGAUCGAAAUAUAACAAUAACAGGGGCACCAGCUGCUGUAGAGACUGCUAAAAAACUUGUGAACAAAAUCUGUGAAGAGGGAAAGGUUCCUGAGCAUUUGCUUGCAGUACCAAACCAGCCUGGUGAAUUUGUUAUUGAACACAUGAUACCGGCUAGCAAAGUGGGCUUGAUAAUUGGAAAAGGUGGGGAGACGAUUCGCAACUUACAGGAACGUGCUGGAUGCCGCAUGGUCAUGAUACAAGAUGGGCCAUUCCAAAAUGCACCUGAAAAGCCCUUACGAAUUACUGGUGAUCCACAGAAAUGUCAGUAUGGAAAGCAGAUGGUGCUGGAUUUGUUGACUGAAAAGGAACUUGAGAGCAAACCAGGAAUGGAUUUCAAAGGAAGAGGGCCUAACCCUAACUUUGGUGAUAGAAGAGGUGGCCCAAGCACAGAGGUGCCUGUGCCAAGAGAUAUUGUCGGCUUUGUUAUUGGUAAAGGUGGAGAAACUAUAAAGCGAAUUCAAGCAGAAACUGGUUGUAAAGUACAGUUUUCAGUGCCUGAUACCGGUGGCCAAGACCGCAUGUGCUUGUUGCAAGGUGAUCCACAGCAAAUCAAUGAAGCAACUCAAAAAAUUAGGGAAAUCAUAGAAACUUCAAGAAGCAGAGGACCACCAACAAAUCGUGGGCCACCACCAAAUGCUCCUGGUGUGAGAACGGUAGAGCAGCCAGUACCAGCCAAUAAAUGUGGUAUUGUCAUUGGCAAAGGUGGUGAAACAAUACGACAGAUCAACCAAAUGAGUGGAGCUCAUGUUGAAAUAAACAAGGCAACAAGUAACAAUACAGACUUCAAGAACUUUGUGAUUCGAGGAAAUGACGGCCAGAUUCAGCAUGCACAGCGAAUGAUUAGUGAAAAAUGUGGUAUAGAUGUGACCCAGUUCUUGGGCCAGGUUGGCCAAAACCAGCCUGGAAUGGGACAAGGGCAGCAACCUCCCCAGCAGGCCCAGCAGCAAUGGGGUUAUGGCGGCUAUAAUGCAUAUGGACAGCAGCCACCACAGCAGCAGUAUGGACAGCCACCACAGCAACCAUACGGACAACCACAGCAGGGAUGGCCUCAAUAUCACCAGCAGUAUCCACAGGCUCCUCAACAACAAGCUACACCACAAGCAGCUCCAGGCCAGCCACAACAAGAUUACAGUGCAGCAUGGGCUGCUUAUUAUCAACAGUAUUACAAUCAUUAUGGUGGUGCUGCCAGUACAGCUCCAGCUGCAGGGACACCUGCUGCACCGGUCGCCACACAACAGACUGCUGUACCUGCUGUUUCCAGUGCAGGUCAACAAGCAGCCACUGGCCAGGCUGCCCAACCGGAUUACACAGCAGCAUGGGCAGCUUAUUACCAACAGAUGUACCCAGGAUACCAAGGUGGUGCACAACAGCAACCUGCCCAACAGCAAGGGCAAUCGCAGCAGUAAAACAUAGUGGAGAUAAACAUCGAAGCUUGUGCUUCCCGUGGCUAUGUUUCGCCCUGGCUGCCUGCUUGCCUGCCCUCUCGGUGCACUACGCGAGUUUUGUAAGUUAUCCGCUCUUCUAAAAAUUUCGCGAGUUUGCCCAUUUUCCGUCUGGGCAUUGAUCUCUGUAAAACUGAAUUUGAAAAUUUUCAGCAUAUUGAACUGAGGUUUUCUUUUAUUGUGAUAUAAUCUCUGUUUUUUCAUGAUCUCGAUGCUGUUACAUCUGGCACGUGAUAUUAAGAAAUUGUUAAUUAAGCUAUCAUUACUCUGACUCAGUAUAAUUCUGGAUCGAUCAAAUUGAUAUGAUUUUGUCGAACUUCGAGUGUGUUUUAUUUUCAUUAAUGGCGGUCAUUGUCUUUCAAAAUGUCUAGAGCUUACUUGGCAAUAUGUACCAUUUUUGCUGUGCCUAACUAUUUAUCUCUAUCAAAUUCAUUUCAAGUAUGGCAAAGCAUCUUUAUUUGAUUGUAUACUUCAGUUAAAAGUUUUAUGCUUUUUUGUGCCUUCAUGAAAUUAUUUGAUAUGCCAUUGUGAUCUGUUCUGGAUUUGCCUUGGAUAUGCCUUAUGAGCUAUUCUGAAUACUUUUCACAACAUUUUCUUUCUGCUUGAAAUGAAUAAAUUCAUCAUUUUUCAAAAAUGCUGCCGAUAAUUUUGAUGAAUAAUUUUCUUCUCUUCACUGUACAUUUUGAUGCCUUGCAACAUGAGUUAUUAAACCUUGAACUAUCCACAUUUCAUUGAGAUUUCAUUUAUUAUCUUAUAUUUGGGUUGAUGUGUAAAGUACUGAAAUGAUUUCAGAAACAACUGAUGAAUUUUAAGCUAAGGUGACAAGACUCAAUAGGAUAAAAUACUGAAAGGAAACUUUCAUGCAAAUACUGUUUGAAACUAUAAUACAAUUUUAAAUCUCGUCCUUUUCUUUUAGAGGGUAACAUUCGUUCUUUUUUCUAUAUGCAUCUGUCAUUUGUUCAUUUUCUGAAAUUCUGAAUGCAUUUUUUGUUGAACAAUGUACCUUUCAUUGUAUUACAACUUUGAUUCGUUGGAUUUAUUGAAAAUACUUUUUCGCUAAUGAUAAACAAAGAGGCUAACGCUCCUCGGCUAUUAGGCAAGCGAUCUCAGUUCACAUCUAAUAGAUCGACAUUAUUGUUCGGCUCAUCAAAUCAGGUAUUUUAGCAUAUUUGUCCUUUUCUAUUGUUAUUACUUGCAUUUUCCUCUCACGGCCCCUACUGUUUACAGUGUUAUUUUUCAUGCAUGUAUAAUGUUGAAUCUCCUUGAAUGCUUUUAUGACGACUCAAAUUGUGGAUAAUAAUUUUUGUCCUUCAACCCCAUUACAAAUUUCCCAAGCUGCUCUUGAAAAGAAUUCAUAUUUGCUUUUGGACAUCAGAUUUCUCAGUGAAAAUAUCGUGAUUGCUUUUAUGCUCGUAUCGCCAUCUUGUUAUCAUCUGUGGAAUGCAAAUAGUCAUAUUUUCGCAGUGAUGCUGUUUUUCCCAAAUAUAUCAGCAAUUACUCUGUCAGAAUCCUAAGCGAGAGAGGGAUUACACUGCAGAUGUGUGGUGAAGGACUAAGCGUCAAGCCUUGGUCAUUUCCUUGUCAAUGAACAUAUUUAAGGGCGUUUUCUGGAGCGUUCUUUUAGUUUAUACCAUGAAGACCAUAUGUAAACUGUGUAACUUUUCGGUUUCAUACUGCUUUGUAGUUAAUUCUUGUCCUUCUAAGAGUUUGUUUCUAUAUUUCAAAGUUUAUUCUAGUUUUUAUAUUUAGCAAGAAUUAAAAAGAUAUUUCAAUCGACAGGUUUACGAAA